CUCGUGAUGGCCACGGGCCCUCUGAGGGUCUCUAGAUAGCCGAGUGGGGUCCACUUGGGUUGUUUUGUCUGGGGCUUCUUCCAUCCCAACAAAUCCCACAGAAAAGGAUUUUCAACUGUUACCUUUCCAGCCCACAGGGAAUCAUGGCUCGGGCCCCCGGCUAUCGAGGGCCUCUCCUGGGGCUGCUUCUGCACUUUGGUCUGCUUUGCUCGGCUCAAAGGGUCCAAGGACCCACUGGACCUGCAGGUGUACCAGGAAUUGAUGGCAUUGAUGGUGAUAGAGGAUCAGAUGGCCCAGCUGGUCCUGCUGGACCUGAUGGGGAGCCUGGUAGAGUUGGGUCUUCUGGAUUACCCGGAAUUCCUGGAAAUGAUGGUUUGACCGGCCCUAUCGGCGAGCCCGGACCCGACGGUCCCCCCGGACAGAAAGGUGAACCCGGAACAGUUGGACCUCGUGGAACUACUGGUCUCGGGUCAGAUGGACCUCCUGGGCCACCUGGGCCUGGAGGACUUCCGGGCCCACUGGGAAAAACAGGACCACCUGGGACAAUGGGUGUGAGAGGGCCACAAGGAGCUCGUGGGCCAACAGGGCCAAGGGGGGCAGCUGGGAUGCUGGGCAACGUCGACUUGUGUCCCAACUCUUGUCCACACGGGACCUCUGGACAUCCCGGCCUUCCUGGCAUGAAGGGCCACAAAGGUGUUAAAGGUGAAGCAGGAGAACCUGGAAAACAAGGGCACAAGGGGGAGGAAGGAGAACAAGGGGGUCAAGGGGAAGUCGGCUCACAAGGACCGACGGGUGCCCACGGCAUCCGUGGAGCCACAGGAAUAAUGGGCACUAAGGGAGAGAUGGGGGCUCGAGGUCCUGAUGGAGAUCCAGGUCCUCAGGGUGUUGCCGGUGCAUCCGGUGACCAAGGUCAGCGAGGGGUGAUGGGUGAGUCUGGGCCUAAAGGUGAACAGGGUUUACAAGGGCCAAGAGGCAUGACAGGUCUGCCAGGUCCCAAAGGAGACGCUGGUUUACCAGGUGUGGAUGGCCGUGAGGGUAUUCCAGGCAUGCCGGGAGCAAAGGGAGGGAUUGGGACGCCUGGAUUUUCUGGAGAAGUUGGCCCUCAGGGACUUCCUGGUUUGCCUGGCUCACCUGGAUCAAAAGGACAGGGUGGCCCUAAGGGAGAUGCCGGUCAAACAGGCUUCCCUGGAACGAUGGGUUCAGCCGGAAAAAUGGGCGAACGCGGGGAACAAGGCGAGGCUGGAUCCGUUGGACCCAUCGGUGAACCCGGAGAAUUGGGAGAACAAGGCCCAGUGGGUCCAGUUGGCAAGCCUGGUUCCAGGGGACAUAAAGGUGACCCCGGUCUUACUGGUCUUCCGGGCCCUCCUGGCGUCCCUGGAGUAAAAGGAGAAAGGGGCGAGCGAGGAGAAGUAGGACCCAAGGGAGACCAGGGUCCACAAGGUGAUGAGGGAAACCCUGGAGAGAAAGGAGAUAAUGGUGAACAUGGAGAAGGUGGAGCAAAGGGAGAGACUGGAAAUUCCGGCGAGCCUGGCAGAAGAGGUCCAGAGGGAACUCGAGGCCAGCCCGGAAUCGAGGGUCCACCCGGCACACCUGGGCCACGAGGCAUGCAGGGGAACAGAGGUCCACCUGGAGUCCGAGGAACACAAGGUCCUGCGGGUAAAGAGCCGAGCGACCAGCACAUCAAGCAGGUCUGCAUGCGAGUCAUGCAAGAACAACUGGCCCAGUUGGCUGCUAGUUUGAGAAGACCAGAGUCCGGUGCGGUCGGCUUACCUGGCAAACCUGGACCUUCGGGCCCUCCUGGGGCUCCUGGAGACAAUGGUUUCCCAGGACAGGCAGGGGCAAGAGGCCUUCCUGGACUCAAAGGACCACCAGGACAACUUGGAGCAAAAGGACACAAAGGUGAAAUGGGUGACAGAGGCUCCCGAGGGCCCACAGUGCGGGGAGCCAAAGGUCAGCAAGGACCUCCAGGACUCCCUGGUGAGGCUGGCAAACCUGGCUACGGUCAGGACGGUCGCGAUGGCCAGAGGGGACCUCCCGGUCUUCCCGGACAGCUCGGUGUACCUGGACCUCCCGGUUCAGCCGGUCCUAAUGGUUACUGCGACCCAUCCUCAUGCAACCUAUCGGCGGGCGCUCAGCGUGUGGAUGUGAAGGGACCUGCAACUGCAAGGAACUAAAAGCCACUCUGGGAGAGACAGAGACUAUUGGAUUAGAACAUUUUUCAUCUCAGGGGUUUGUGGUGCCUCCCAUCCAUUAACCUCUAGUCUUGACAAGGUCCACCACAAGAAGCCCGCCCCCAUAAAAAAAACCCACAACAAAAUUUUUUUUUAUCUGUUGCCAAAAUCUACUCUCUGUUCUUUUUUCUACCUGGAUAGAUGUGUUCAUUUUCCCAGAAAAGUGUUUUGAAUGUUCAUCCCACAUGCUCCCUAUUUACACAGUAAAAAAAGAAAAAAAGAAAAAAGAAAAGCAACUCAAUUUCCUCGCAAAACAUGUCAAUCACCCCAAAUAAAUAUGGAUCAGGAAGUG